ACCCUCAUGUUCAAGCUCACCCUCACGUUCAAGCUCAACCUCACGUUCAAGCUCACCCUCACGUUCAAGCUCAACCUCACGUUCAAGCUCACCCUCACGUUCAAGCUCACCCUCACGUUCAAGCUCAACCUCACGUUCAAGCUCAACCUCACGUUCAAGCUCAACCUCACGUUCAAGCUCACCCUCACGUUCAAGCUCAACCUCACGUUCAAGCUCACCCUCACGUUCAAGCUCACCCUCACGUUCAAGCUCAACCUCACGUUCAAGCUCACCCUCACGUUCAAGCUCAACCUCACGUUCAAGCUCACCCUCACGUUCAAGCUCAACCUCACGUUCAAGCUCACCCUCACGUUCAAGCUCAACCUCACGUUCAAGCUCAACCUCACGUUCAAGCUCAACCUCGCGUUCAAGCUCAACCUCACGUUCAAGCUCACCCUCACGUUCAAGCUCAACCUCACGUUCAAGCUCACCCUCACGUUCAAGCUCAACCUCACGUUCAAGCUCACCCUCACGUUCAAGCUCAACCUCACGUUCAAGCUCACCCUCACGUUCAAGCUCACCCUCACGUUCAAGCUCACCCUCACGUUCAAGCUCAACCUCACGUUCAAGCUCACCCUCACGUUCAAGCUCAACCUCACGUUCAAGCUCACCCUCACGUUCAAGCUCAACCUCACGUUCAAGCUCACCCUCACGUUCAAGCUCACCCUCACGUUCAAGCUCACCCUCACGUUCAAGCUCAACCUCACGUUCAAGCUCACCCUCACGUUCAAGCUCACCCUCACGUUCAAGCUCAACCUCACGUUCAAGCUCACCCUUACGUUCAAGCUCACCCUCACGUUCAAGCUCAACCUCACGUUCAAGCUCACCCUCACGUUCAAGCUCACCCUCACGUUCAAGCUCACCCUCACGUUCAAGCUCACCCUCACGUUCAAGCUCACCCUCACGUUCAAGCUCAACCUCACGUUCAAGCUCAACUUCACGUUCAAGCUCAACCUCACGUUCAAGCUCACCCUCACGUUCAAGCUCAACCUCACGUUCAAGCUCAACCUCACGUUCAAGCUCAACCUCACGUUCAAGCUCACCCUCACGUUCAAGCUCAACCUCACGUUCAAGCUCACCCUCACGUUCAAGCUCAACCUCACGUUCAAGCUCACCCUCACGUUCAAGCUCACCCUCACGUUCAAGCUCAACCUCACGUUCAAGCUCACCCUCACGUUCAAGCUCACCCUCACGUUCAAGCUCAACCUUACGUUCAAGCUCACCCUCACUUUCAAGCUCAACCUCACGUUCAAGCUCACCCUCACGUUCAAGCUCACCCUCACGUUCAAGCUCACCCUCACGUUCAAGCUCAACCUCACGUUCAAGCUCACCCUCACGUUCAAGCUCAACCUCACGUUCAUGCUCACCCUCACGUUCAAGCUCAACCUCACGUUCAAGCUCACCCUCACGUUCAAGCUCAACCUCACGUUCAAGCUCAACCUCACGUUCAAGCUCAACCUCACGUUCAAGCUCACCCUCACGUUCAAGCUCAACCUCACGUUCAAGCUCACCCUCACGUUCAAGCUCAACCUCACGUUCAAGCUCACCCUCACGUUCAAGCUCACCCUCACGUUCAAGCUCACCCUCACGUUCAAGCUCACCCUCACGUUCAAGCUCACCCUCACGUUCAAGCUCACCCUCACGUUCAAGCUCAACCUCACGUUCAAGCUCACCCUCACGUUCAAGCUGAACCUCACGUUCAAGCUCACCCUCACGUUCAAGCUCAACCUCACGUUCAAGCUCACCCUCACGUUCAAGCUCAACCUCACGUUCAAGCUCACCCUCACGUUCAAGCUCACCCUCACGUUCAAGCUCACCCUCACGUUCAAGCUCAACCUCACGUUCAAGCUCACCCUCACGUUCAAGCUCACCCUCACGUUCAAGCUCAACCUCACGUUCAAGCUCACCCUCACGUUCAAGCUCACCCUCACGUUCAAGCUCAACCUCACGUUCAAGCUCACCCUCACGUUCAAGCUCAACCUCACGUUCAAGCUCAACCUCACGUUCAAGCUCAACCUCACGUUCAAGCUCACCCUCACGUUCAAGCUCAACCUCACGUUCAAGCUCACCCUCACGUUCAAGCUCAACCUCACGUUCAAGCUCACCCUCACGUUCAAGCUCACCCUCACGUUCAAGCUCACCCUCACGUUCAAGCUCACCCUCACGUUCAAGCUCACCCUCACGUUCAAGCUCACCCUCACGUUCAAGCUCAACCUCACGUUCAAGCUCACCCUCACGUUCAAGCUGAACCUCACGUUCAAGCUCACCCUCACGUUCAAGCUCAACCUCACGUUCAAGCUCACCCUCACGUUCAAGCUCAACCUCACGUUCAAGCUCACCCUCACGUUCAAGCUCACCCUCACGUUCAAGCUCACCCUCACGUUCAAGCUCAACCUCACAUUCAAGCUCACCCUCACGUUCAAGCUCACCCUCACGUUCAAGCUCAACCUCACGUUCAAGCUCACCCUCACGUUCAAGCUCACCCUCACGUUCAAGCUCAACCUCACGUUCAAGCUCACCCUCACGUUCAAGCUCACCCUCACGUUCAAGCUCACCCUCACGUUCAAGCUCAACCUCACGUUCAAGCUCACCCUCACGUUCAAGCUCAACCCCACGUUCAAGCUCACCCUCACGUUCAAGCUCAACCUCACGUUCAAGCUCACCCUCACGUUCAAGCUCAACCUCACGUUCAAGCUCACCCUCACGUUCAAGCUCACCCUCACGUUCAAGCUCACCCUCACGUUCAAGCUCACCCUCACGUUCAAGCUCACCCUCACGUUCAAGCUCACCCUCACGUUCAAGCUCACCCUCACGUUCAAGCUCACCCUCACGUUCAAGCUCACCCUCACGUUCAAGCUCACCCUCACGUUCAAGCUCACCCUCACGUUCAAGCUCACCCACACGUUCAAGCUCACCCUCACGUUCAAGCUCACCCUCACGUUCAAGCUCACCCUCACGUUCCUCACGUUCAAGCUCACCCUCACGUUCAAGCUCACCCUCACGUUCAAGCUCACCCACACGUUCAAGCUCACCCUCACGUUCAAGCUCACCCUCACGUUCAAGCUCACCCUCACGUUCAAGCUCACCCUCACGUUCAAGCUCACCCUCACGUUCAAGCUCACCCUCACGUUCAAGCUCAUACUCACGUUCAAGCUCACCCUCACGUUCAAGCUCACCCUCACGUUCAAGCUCACCCUCACGUUCAAGCUCACCCUCACGUUCAAGCUCACCCUCACGUUCAAGCUCACCCUCACGUUCAAGCUCACCCUCACGUUCAAGCUCACCCUCACGUUCAAGCUCACCCUCACGUUCAAGCUCACCCUCACGUUCAAGCUCACCCUCAAGUUCAAGCUCACCCUCACGUUCAAGCUCACCCUCACGUUCAAGCUCACCCUCACGUUCAAGCUCACCCUCACGUUCAAGCUCACCCUCACGUUCAAGCUCAACCUCACGUUCAAGCUCACCCACACGUUCAAGCUCACCCACACGUUCAAGCUCACCCUCACGUUCAAGCUCACCCUCACGUUCAAGCUCACCCUCACGUUCAAGCUCACCCUCACGUUCAAGCUCACCCUCACGUUCAAGCUCACCCUCACGUUCAAGCUCACCCUCACGUUCAAGCUCACCCUCACGUUCAAGCUCACCCUCACGUUCAAGCUCACCCUCACGUUCAAGCUCACCCUCACGUUCAAGCUCACCCUCACGUUCAAGCUCACCCUCACUACCCUCAUCACCCUCACCCUCAGGGUUAGGGUGCAUUCCUCAUUCUCGAGCGCGACCCAAGUCGUUUAUGCGCAGCUCAUUCUUGAGCGCGACCCAAGUCGCUUAUGCGCAGCUCAACCUCACUGUACAUGCUCCAACUCCCACCCUCAUCCCCCGCACCAUCACCCCCUAUCAGCCAAGAAGCUGCGGCUGUAUGCGCGCAGCAGCGUGUGGAUCUCCUCUGAGGGAGCAGCUGUCAUGAGUGUCACGUCCCGCCAACACUUGGAUGGCCUAAUCAUCACAGCCACCCACGUGCCCUUCUCCCCGCACCUCUCAUCCUUCCUUGAUCGCUGGAAGCACCUCAAUGCCUCACUGUACCCCGGACUCUCCAUAGAGAGGCCAUCCCCAUACGCGCUCUCAUCCCAUGAUGCUGUCACCCUCGUCGCACGCGCGCUCCACUCUCUGCUCUACCCCUCCCCUCCUGCAUCGACCAACUCCUCCUCUCGUGCACUCAAGCAGACGCAGCAGCAGAAUAUAAGCCAGCAGCAAGAGGGGCAGCAGCAAAAGAGAGUGCAGCAGCAAGCAGGGCAGCAGGAAGAGGGGGAUACGCUUGCCCCACCACUCACCCGCCUCCAACAAAGUGCAAUGGGACCGGCACUGCGCAAGGCUCUUCUCAAGACCAGCUUCGACGGCCUGCAGGGCAGAAUCGCGUUAACCCCACAUGGCGACCUGGCAACAAACGAGAUUCGCAUUUUCAACAUGCAGAAAGGGGCGGCUGUAGAAGUGGCUCUCUGGUCCUCCACCCUUGGCCUCGUGCUCUCAUCACCAGGUGGUCUCAUCACCAGGUGCACUCAUUACCAGGUGCUCUCAUUACCAGGUGCACUCAUCACCAGGUGCACUCAUCACCAGGUGCUCUCAUCACCAGGUGCUCUCAUCACCAGGUGCUCUCAUCACCAGGUGCUCUCAUCACCAGGUGCUCUCAUCACCAGGUGCUCUCAUCACCAGGUGCUCUCAUCACCAGGUGCUCUCAUCACCAGGUGCUCUCAUCACCAGGUGCUCUCAUCACCAGGUGCUCUCAUCACCAGCCGCUUCUCAGGCUACUGCGUGGAGGUGUUCCGCCUGGCCGUUACGCGGUUACCCUACAAGCUCGACUACGAGUUUGUGCUGUACGGUGACAAGGACCUCAGCUACACUCAGAUGGUGCUGGCUGUCGCCAACAAGACGUACGAUGCAGCAGUGGGGGACAUCACAGUGCUGGACUCGCGGAGCAAAGUUGUUGAAAUGCCUCAGCUCCCUGCUCUCAGUUGCCCUGUGUCCUGUGCUUCCCUGUGUUGCCCUGCUCUCUGCGCCCCUGGCUGGCUAGCAGACGUACGAUGCAGCAGUGGGGGACAUCACAGUGCUGGACUCGCGGAGCAAAGUUGUCUUCUUCACCUAUCCCAUCCAGGUUCGGUUUGGGCACAUUCCAGGUUCGGGCACAUUCCAGGUUCGGGCACAUUCCAGGGUCAGGCGCAUUCCAGGUUCGGGCACAUGCCAGGUUCGGGCACAUGGGAGGUUCGGGCACAUGCCAGGUUUGGGCACAUGCCAGUUCACUCACAAACCACCUGCGCUGCUGCUGCCCUCUCCUUCCUCUUCUCCCAUUCCCGCCCUCCCUUUACAUGUCUCCUCCCAGCAAUCCCAGCAAUCAGGGUUGAGCGUGAUAAGCUACUCGCGCCCGUACAGCAACCCCUGCUUUGGCUAUCUUGUCCGCUGACACAUCACUCUUGUCACUGCUCUCCCCUCCCUUUCCCUCUCCCAGCAAUCAGGGUUGAGCGUGAUAAGCUACUCGCGGCCAUACAGCAACCCAUGGACGGUCUUCUCCCCGUUCACGGCCUCCAUGUGGGCCGUCUUGCUGCCAUCUGCCUCACCACAGGGCGCCGUUCUUUCCUUCCCCUCCCUUCCCGUGCCUCCUCUCUCUCCCAGCAAUCGGGGUUGAGUGUGAUGGGGUACUCGCGCCCGUACAGCAACCCAUGGAUGGUCUUCUCUCCAUUCACACCCUCCAUGUGGGCCGUCACUGCCGUCAUCUGCAUCACCACAGGGCUUCUCGCCAUGAUACUGGACCGGCAAAGGACGCCUGACUUCCAGGGCACGCUCCAGAAACGCCUCAUGACAGCCGUGUGGUAUGGCUGCCACACAUUUUUCUCCAUUCCUGUGUUUCGCAUCCGCACGACGCUUGCAAGGGCGGUCGUGGUGAUCUGGCUGCUGCUCGCCUUCAUCAUAGCCACAUCCUAUACAGCCAGUCUCACUUCCAUUCUCACAUUGCAGAAGCUUGUUCCACAGAUUCUGGACAUCUACUCCGCCCUCACCAGCAACUCACCCAUCGGCUACCAGCAGCACAGCUCCUUUCUCGACUCAUACAUGCAUGCUUACACCUCUCUUGCGCCCUCUCCUCCACCCCUCCACCCCUCCACCCCACCAGGACAUCUACUCCGCCCUCACCAGCAACUCACCCAUUGGGUACCAGCAGGGCUCCUUUGUGCAUUCGUACCUGCUGCAGCUGGGCGUUGCAUCUCCACCAACCUCUCCUUUUCCCCUUCCUCAACCUCUCCCCCGGAACCCCAUCAGGGCAAGCUAGUGUCUUUGGCAGGGGAGAGCGAGUAUGCAUCAUCACUGUCAUCAGGGAGGGUGACGGUGAUAGACAAGCUAGUUUCACUGGCGGGGGAGAGUGAGUACGCGUCGUCCCUCUCCUCGGGCCGGGUCAUGGUGAUAGUGGAUGAGGACCCCUACCUCGACCUCUUCUCUGCGUCUUUCUGUGACGCCGUGCAGGCGUCUCAGCCCUUCUCCAUCCUCAACCUCGCCUUUGCCUUCCCCAAGGGGUCGCAGGUGGGGGCGGACAUAUCUCAAGCAAUCCUCGACCUGCAGAUGAAGGGGGAGCUAGAGCGGCUCAAGGCGCAGUACCUACAGAAGGACAACAUGUGUGUAGACGAUCAGAUGGCCUCGGCCGUGCUGACGGAGGUGAACGUGCAGAAGUUCACGGCGCUGCUCAUCCUCUACCUCGUUGUCUCACUACUCUGCUGCAUCGCCUACGUGGGGCUUCUCAUUUACCGCGGUUACCGCUACCACCAACGGUACGACCCGGUUACCGUUACCACCAACGCACCCGGUUACAGUUAUCACCAACGGUACGACCCGGUUACCGUUAUCACCAACGCGACUGGUAUGCCUUUUGAGGCGCCUCAAAAGUCGACUGGUAUGCCAAGUGUGGGAGGCGUGACCAACGUGCUUCCCGGCUUGGCGUCUGUACAGAGGAUGAUAGAAUCGGGGCAAGGGGGUGUGGUGAGCAUGCAGAGGACCAUGGACGACCUGAUGGAUAAAUUCAACAAGGGCAUGGAGUGGAGCCAGAGGCGCUACUUAGACCCAGCCAAUAUCCAGAGGCAGCAAGCCUACUCGGCCGCCUCUCUCCUGCCAGACUUCUCCUCCCCGGGCAACUCUAUACGAAAACGCAGCAGCCCUGCCGGUGGUGGUGCUUCCAGUGCAGGCAGUGCUGGUGACGCUGGGGAUACAGAUACAGACGCUUCUCCCGCCGCUGCCUCUUGUUCCGAUCAACCUUACUAUUCCUCCUCGGGUCUUUCUCUCCCAGCUGACCCUCCUCCUGCAAGUCCCUCCACUGCAUCUUACAUCUUCUACCAUUCUUACAGCGCUGGUGAUUCUCCUUCUGCUGGGGUAGCCGGUGCUAGGGGCUCCCCCGGUGCGCCUAACUUCCACCACUUGGGUAGUUCUGGCAGCAUGUCUGCUGCUGGUAGCUUCGGUGGUUCCGGUGUUGGGGGUCAUGCAGACAUGCCCAAAAGAGUAAGGCGGACCAGCACCAUCUUGCCUUCUUCGUCCUCACUACCUUCCGAACCUUGCCCUCCAGAAGCUGAUUCCUUUGAACUGGGAGGAGCAGCACAGCUGGGGGAACCAAAGAGGAGAAGCAUCGCCUUUGUGGCAAGCCAGGCCAGCCAGCAGCAGCAGCAGCAGCAGCAGCAGCAGCAGCAGCAGAGGAACCAGGUUGGCAGGUUGCGUAAGGCUGCUCGUGUUCAUCGCCGCAGUGCGUCGCAUGAUGUCACACAGAAGCCAGAAAUGAGCAUUAAGGGGGAAGUGGGGAAGAAGUUAGCAAACCUUGGCAGGGUUCUGUCACCAGGAUCCACAUUUGAUGCGGAUGCUAACGUCGAGCCCGAAUUCAAAGGAGUUCAACGAGUCCGCGCCUUUCGGCUUUCAAAGUCACCUCGCGCUAACCCCUGA